CAAUACUUCCGGGUUGGCGUUGCAGUGGCGCUUCCGACUGUGGGAGCCGCGUCUUCCCAGUCGUCCGAUGAGCCCGAGCAGCUGAGUCCCUUCCCUGUCUUUCACUCUUCUGGCAUCGGUGGUUUUACUUCUUCGAUUGAACCCUGCUUCCUCGACCCCCCAGGGAGGCCGCCUCCUUCAGGCGCCUCCCUUCUCUCCACGAACUCGCUCUGACAGCUGAGGAACUGGCAAGAUCCUGCUACCCAGAGGGUGAAUGGGUAUCUUUCCCGGAAUAAUCCUAAUUUUUCUAAGGGUGAAGUUUGCAACGGCGGCCGUGAUUGUAAGCGGACACCAGAAAAGUGUCACUGUAAGCCAUGAGAUGUCUGGUCUGAAUUGGAAACCCUUCGUAUAUGGCGGCCUUGCCUCUAUUGUUGCUGAGUUUGGAACUUUCCCUGUGGACUUGACCAAAACGCGACUUCAAGUUCAAGGCCAAAGUAUUGAUGUCCGCUUCAAAGAGAUAAAAUACCGAGGAAUGUUUCAUGCCUUGUUCCGAAUCUAUAAGGAAGAAGGUGUAUUGGCUCUGUAUUCAGGAAUCGCUCCUGCUUUACUAAGACAGGCAUCAUAUGGCACCAUUAAAAUUGGCAUUUACCAGAGCUUGAAGAGAUUAUUUGUAGAACGUUUAGAAGAUGAAACUCUUCUAAUUAAUAUGAUAUGUGGGGUAGUGUCAGGAGUGAUAUCUUCCACUAUAGCCAAUCCCACCGAUGUGCUAAAGAUUCGAAUGCAGGCUCAAGGAAGCUUGUUCCAAGGCAGCAUGAUUGGCAGCUUCAUUGAUAUAUACCAACAAGAAGGUACCAGGGGUCUGUGGAGGGGUGUUGUCCCAACUGCUCAGCGGGCUGCCAUCGUUGUGGGAGUAGAGCUACCAGUCUAUGACAUUACGAAGAAGCACUUAAUAUUAUCAGGGGUGGUGGGAGACACAAUCUUAACUCACUUUGUUUCCAGCUUUACAUGCGGCUUGGCUGGGGCUCUGGCUUCCAAUCCAGUUGAUGUGGUUCGAACUCGCAUGAUGAACCAGAGGGCAAUUGUGGGACAUGUGGACCUCUACAAAGGCACUUUGGAUGGUAUUUUAAAGAUGUGGAAACAUGAGGGCUUUUUUGCACUCUAUAAAGGAUUUUGGCCAAACUGGCUUCGACUUGGACCCUGGAACAUCAUUUUUUUUAUUACAUACGAGCAGCUCAAGAGGCUUCAAAUCUAAGGACUGAAUAUAUGUGAGUCAAGCCCUGCCAACCUUUCUACGCUUCUUUUCCCUUUUUCUGUGUUCUAAUGUAUUUUGACAAAGUUGUAAGUGUUUACCGGAUCAUUGGUCUCCCAAGGCCCUCCUGAUGGAAGAACGAUAGGAUGGUUCAAAAUUGCUCAUGUGUUUGUGUUGCCAUGUGAACUUUUCCCUGAGAGGGAGUAUUAACACUGAGACUCUGGCCCCAGAUUGGUAUCUUCUGUGAAGAUGGAUACUGAUAGAUGACACUCAAAAUGACCUUCUCUUCAAAUGUGGGUUAAAUGUAGUUUGUUAGCCCCAGACUUGGGCUAGAGCAGAAGGCAUAGGCCAGGGCAGUUACUGCUAUUUAUGUUACAGACCUCAGUUCUCAUUAAAGUAUUUAUUGGCAGAA